AUGCCGUACGGAGGAAGCGCGGCCGCGCGCGAGGUGCUCCAUCUGCAUUCGCACGACGCUGAGAAGGCGGAUCCAGCUGCAGUGGAGAAGGAGGAGAAGCGGGCCCACGAGGACCCAAACAUCGUGGAUUGGUACGGCCCUGAUGAUCCUGAGUGCCCCAGGAACUGGUCGUUCGCGAAGCGGUGCUUCGUCACCGGCCAGGUCUCGCACCUUUUAUUUGCCAUUUUCAUCGGCUCAUCCAUCUAUGCACCGGGUGUUCUGGAUUUGUCUCAGAAGUUUGGCGUCUCAGUUGUGGCAGGAAACCUUGGCAUCACGAUGUUCGUCCUUGGGUACGCCACUGGACCGCCGCAGAUGUUUCUCUCUCCAAUGAGCGAGAUCCCUCAGUUCGGUAGAGCACCGGUGUACAUGAUCACCCUCCUCAUAUUCGUGCUUCUUCAGGUCCCGACUGCACUAUCGAAGAAUCUCGGCGCUUUGCUGCCCCUGCGGUACUGGGCGGCGUUCUUCGGUUCACCGGUAUUCGCUACCGGCGGCGCGACCAUCGCGGACAUGUGGCCGCCAGAAGAUCAGAUGAUCGCUCUAGCCGUGUGGUCUCUCGCUGCGAUGUGUGGUCCGGGCUUGGGCCCCCUCAUUGGCGGCUUCGCGUCCCAGGCCAAAGGCUGGACGUGGACAAUUUGGAUCAUACUCUGGCUCACUGGUGCUACCUGGGUCUUCCUAGUCUUUACGAUGCCGGAGACGUCGCCCCAAGCGAUCCUCUACAGCCGUGCUGUCCGUCUGCGCAAGCUGACGGGGAAGUCAAACCUGAAGUCUCAGGCUGAGAUAGAGGCGGAAAACAUGACUAUGAAAGAAGUUGCCAUGAUGACCCUCAUUCGACCGUUUUAUCUCGGGUUUAGGGAACCCGUCCUGCUAUUUUGGAAUCUGUAUAUCGGAAUGGCGUACGGUGUCUUGUACUGCUUCGUCGCCUCUUAUGACGUAGUCUUCAUCGGACACCAUCACUUCAACCUGGGGCAAAAUGGCCUAGCUUUUCUGGGCAUUGUCGUGGGUGCCUUCGUGGGAUUCGCUGCUUUCGUACCUUGGGCACUUUAUAUACUCAAGCCCAAGUUCAUUAGGGGAGUUUUCGUACCAGAAGAUAGACUGCCACCUGCAUUCCCCGGCGCAUUUUUCUUUGCGAUAUCCUUGUUCUGGUUCGGUUGGACGAGCGGAGCCGGCACGCACUGGAUUGUUCCCAUUAUCGCCUCCUCGAUGUACGCAAUAAGUGCGUUCUAUAUAUUCCAGGCCGGUUUGAACUACCUUGCCGACUGCUAUCCUCGCCAUGUCGCGUCUGUAAUGGCGAGCAACGACCUGUACCGGUCGCUCAUUGGCGCCGCGUUUCCGUUGUUUAGCACCGCGUACUUCAAUAACUUGGGCGUAGGCCCUGCGUUGAGUAUUAUUGGCGGAAUCGCUGUAUUCAUGCUGCCGAUCCCAUUCCUUCUCCAUCGCUAUGGAGCCAAGAUCCGUUCCUGGUCUACUUAUGCGGGCUAA